AUAAAACAAAAACGUGACACAGAUUGGAGAGAGAGAGAGGGUUGGAAGAAGAAGAAGAAGCAGAAGAGUCUCUCUUAGGCUGAGCCUGUAGUUGAGACUGAGAUCGAUCCCCUUGAAUUCAUUCGCAAAUGGGAGAGGUGGCGCGUGGUGGAGGUUGUUGUCCUCCGAUGGAUCUGUUCCGUUCCGAGCCGAUGCAACUCGUUCAACUCAUCAUCCCCAUCGAAUCUGCUCACCGCACUGUCUCCUACCUCGGCGACCUUGGCCUCCUUCAGUUCAAAGAUCUCAAUUCAGAGAAGAGCCCUUUUCAACGGACUUAUGCAGCUCAGAUAAAAAGAUGUGGAGAGAUGGCUCGCAAAUUGCGAUUUUUCAAGGAACAAAUGUUGAAGGCAGGUGUUUCACCAAAACUGUCUACAACACAGGUUGAUGUGAACAUUGAUAACCUUGAGGUAAAACUUUCAGAGAUCGAGUCAGAGUUAACUGAGAUGAAUGCAAAUGGUGAAAAAUUGCAACGCUCAUACAAUGAACUUGUGGAGUAUAAGCUUGUUCUGCAGAAGGCUGGUGAGUUUUUCCACUCAGCUCAAAGCGGUGCCAUAGAACAGCAGAGGGAAUAUGAAUCUCGCCUUUUGAGUGGUGAAUCUAUGGAAACACCUUUAUUACAGGAUCAAGAGUUGUCAGGUGAUUCAUCGAAGCAAAUUAAGUUGGGGUUUCUCGCAGGUCUUGUUCCCAGGGAAAAGUCCAUGACAUUUGAGAGAAUCUUAUUUCGUGCUACUAGAGGCAAUGUAUUCUUGAGGCAGACUGCUGUUGAGGAUCCUGUCACUGACCCUGUUUCUGGAGAAAAGACUGAGAAAAAUGUGUUUGUGGUCUUCUAUGCCGGUGAAAAAGUCAAAGCAAAGAUUCUGAAAAUCUGUGAUGCUUUUAGUGCUAAUCGCUACCCUUUUGCUGAGGAACUGGGAAAACAAGCUCAAAUGAUUACAGAGGCUUCUGGAAAAAUUUCAGAAUUGAAGACCACCAUAGAUACUGGACUCCAGCACCGGGUUAACUUGCUAGAUACUAUUGGCGUGCAAUUCGAGCAGUGGAAUCUUUUGGUCAGGAAGGAGAAAUCCAUUCACCAUACCCUGAAUAUGCUAAGCCUUGAUGUGACAAAAAAAUGUCUUGUGGCUGAGGGGUGGAGCCCUGUUUUUGCAACAAAGCAGAUCCAGGAUGCAUUACAGCGGGCAGCAGUUGACUCUAAUUCUCAAGUCAGUGCCAUUUUCCAAGUUCUGCAUACUAAGGAGAUGCCACCUACCUAUUUUCGCACAAACAAGUUUACUUCUUCAUAUCAAGGAAUUAUUGAUUCAUAUGGGGUUGCUAAAUAUCAGGAGGCAAAUCCUACUGUGUAUACUGUAGUUACCUUUCCAUUUCUCUUUGCCGUGAUGUUUGGUGACUGGGGACAUGGAAUAUGUUUACUACUGGCAGCUCUAUAUUUCAUCAUCAGGGAGAGAAAACUUUCUAGCCAGAAACUUGAUGACAUCACAGAGAUGACUUUUGGAGGUCGUUAUGUUAUUUUGUUGAUGUCACUCUUCUCGAUCUACACUGGUUUGAUCUAUAAUGAGUUCUUUUCUGUCCCAUUUGAACUCUUUGGUCCCUCUGCGUACGAAUGCCGUGAUCUUGCUUGCAGUGAAGCAACAACAAUUGGUCUGAUAAAAGCGCGACGCACGUACCCUUUUGGGGUGGAUCCUGUUUGGCAUGGUACACGAAGUGAAUUGCCAUUCCUAAACUCAUUGAAAAUGAAAAUGUCAAUUCUUCUUGGAGUAGCGCAGAUGAACCUUGGAAUUAUAAUGAGCUUUUUUAAUGCCAUAUUCUUUAGGAACAGCGUAAACAUAUGGUUCCAAUUUAUUCCCCAAAUGAUAUUUCUCAACAGUCUAUUUGGCUACCUAUCCCUUCUUAUCAUUGUAAAGUGGUGUACUGGUUCUCAAGCUGAUUUGUACCAUGUAAUGAUCUACAUGUUCCUAAGCCCAACAGACGAUUUGGGUGAAAACGAACUCUUUGCUGGUCAGAAAAAUCUGCAGCUUGUGCUUUUGCUUCUGGCUGUUGUCGCUGUGCCCUGGAUGCUGUUGCCAAAGCCUUUUAUUUUGAAGAAGCAACACGAAGCUAGACACGGUGCAGAAUCCUAUGCGCCACUUCCGAGCACAGAGGAGAGCUUGCAAGUGGAGUCAAAUCAUGAUUCCCAUGGGCAUGAGGAAUUUGAGUUCAGUGAAAUUUUUGUACAUCAGCUCAUACACACCAUAGAAUUUGUACUUGGAGCAGUAUCUAAUACAGCUUCUUACCUUCGUCUGUGGGCCCUUAGUCUUGCUCAUUCAGAGUUAUCAAGUGUGUUCUACGAGAAGGUUCUGCUUCUGGCAUGGGGGUACAAUAAUGUGAUUAUCCUGAUAGUCGGUAUCCUUGUCUUCAUUUUCGCUACCGUUGGAGUGUUGCUUGUUAUGGAAACUUUGAGUGCCUUCUUGCAUGCGCUUCGACUUCACUGGGUGGAGUUCCAAAACAAGUUUUAUGAGGGCGAUGGUUACAAGUUCUUUCCUUUCUCGUUCUCAUUGCUAGACGAAGAGGAUGAAGUGCUUUAAAAUCACAUUAUUAAUAAGAAAGAGGAGUUAUAUUGCUUCAGAACUGUAUUCAUUCUUUAAUUUGCUGUAAGAAGUUGGUGAUUGGUAUCUGUGGCAUUGUAUAUGGUGGAAUCCUGGUAGCUUUUUCAUCCAACAUCAUGUCGUGUCUUGUUUAUUUAUCCAUUUGAGGGAAUAAAUAUAUCCUAAUUAGGGGAGUGACUUUGUAUGAGCUAUAGGCAGGCGUGAUCAGGUGUAAUAAUUAUUGCUUACAAGAUACCUUCGACAUUUCUAUUUAUAUUUUAUUUAAAUAUAUAUCCUUAUGUAGA